GGGCCGGGGGCCGGGGGCCGGGGCCGGGGCCGGGGGCGGGCCGGGCCGGGCGGGGCAGGGCGGGCCAAGGUCCGGCUUUAAGGCGGCGGCCCCCGCGGUCCCGCCGAGUCCGCGAUGGCGCCGCCGCUGCUGUGGGUGCUGUGGGCGCUGCUCCCCGGGCCGCCCCUGCCGCCGCCCCGCCACCCUCCGCCCGGGGCCCCGGGGCUGCGCGCGCGCUACCGGCACCUGCAGAGCCGCCUGCGGCAGAACCAGACGUGGGGGGCCCCGAACCCCGAGCCGCUCGUCCGCGUCCUCACCCCCCAGUACACAGAGAGAAAGGGAAAGGGGAGGGCGAGGUCUAGACAGCCACCUGCAGCCCUGCUUCACCACCGGUCGCCACUGCAGCUGGGGAGCGGGGCCUCGAAGCCGGGGCCUGGCUGGGGUCGGGGUCGGGGUCGGGGUCAGCGCUACCGGGCCCAGCACCGCCGAGCCCGCUGCCUCCCCGGACACGGAGGGCGCGGCCGGUGCCAGGCGACAGCGCGCCUGCAGCCCGACGGCCUCCUGCACCUGCUGGUCCGCGGGGCGCCCCCCGCCUCCCGGCUGCACCGCGCCUUGCUGCGGGCGCCCGCGACGGCGCGGAGCUCCCGGGACGUGACGCGGCCGCUGCGCCGCCAGCUGCACCUGCGGGGACCCCGGGCGGCCGUCCUGCGCCUGCGCGCCCCGCACAACCGGACCCUCCAGGGGCGCCCGCGGCUCGAGCUGCACUGGCGGGCGCCGGCCGGCAGGGGGCGGCGCGGCGCGCAGGCGCAGGACGGCUGCCCGCUGGGGGCGGGGCGCUGCUGCCGCCUACUGAGCCUGCGCGCCACGCUCGAGGAGCUGGGCUGGGCCGAUUGGGUGCUGGCGCCGCGAGAGCUCGAUGUGCGCAUGUGCGCCGGCGCCUGCCCCAGCCGCUUCCGGUCAGCCAACACGCACGCGCAGAUGCAGGCGCGUCUCCACGGCCGAAACCCGGACGCCGCGCCGGCGCCGUGCUGCGUGCCCGCCGCCUACGAACCUGUGGUGCUCAUGCACAAGGACAGCGCCGGCCGCGUGGCGCUCACGCCCUUCGACGACCUGGUGGCCAGCGACUGCCACUGCGCCUGAGCGGCGACUCGCCCAGCGGAUUCAUGGCAGCCGUCUGUUGUGCGCGUACGCAGCGCGUCCGGCCUCGGACUUCCGCCCUGACUAGCGUGUGGCGGCGCGUGGCGCUACUGCACAUGCGCGACGCUUGGCCUCCAACUGCCCCGCCCACCCGGCGACGACUGCGCACGCGCGGUCUGCGUACUCGGCGUGACGGUCCUCGGAAGUGCGCCUGUCAUCUGCUCCCACUGCGCCUGCGCGGACCCCAACCGCCCGCGCGUGCGCAGUGUGGGCGACCUCCGUCCACCAUCCGCCGUUAGAAGGGGCGCGGGUUCGAUCCUCCACUCCGCCCUCCGGGGCCUAUUUAUGUUCCUGUAUUUAAUGUUAAUUUAUUGGGUAAGGGGGUGGCGGGUGGUCGACCAGGCUGCCUUUAUUUAAAGAAAGGGAAUGGAUGGGUGUCGGGUAGGUGUGGUCCCGGGUUCGAAGCUUCCCCCCUGCACCCCCAAAAUAAAGUGUUUUUACGUGAAA